AUGAAGAUACUUCACCAAUCUGAAAAUAACAUGAUUUCCAACAACUUGAAAGCCUUUGAAAGAGAGAUUCAUGGUUUAUCAGAAAUAAGGCAACGUAACAUUGUGAAGCUGUAUGGCUUUUGUUCACAUCCAAAGAACUCAUUUUUGGUUUAUGAGUUUGUAGAAACGGGAAGUUUGAAAAUGGUGUUAAGGAAAAAGGACGAGGCAAUGGAGUUGGAUUGGGAGAAGAGGUUAAAUGUUGUAAAAGGAGUGGCCCAUGCCUUGUCCUAUGUGCAUCAUGACCAUUCAUCACCUAUUAUUCAUCGAGACAUUUCCAGCAACAAUGUUCUUUUGGAUUUGGACUAUGAGGCUCAUGUCUCAGAUUUUGGCACAGCCAGUCUUUUAAAGCCUGAUACUUUCAAUUGGGCCUCACUUGCUGGCACUUUCGGAUAUAUAGUUCCAGGUAUUUAUUGA